AUCUAACAUAUAGACAGUACACUACAUGACACACGCGUUAGUUGAUGCCACAAGAACUUAUAUAUAACUACCAAUUACGUCGAGUUUCUAGUAAACAAAUCAUCGCAAUCAUAGCAAUGUGAAUUUUAUUUUUAUUUACGAGACCAUAAAAUAUUGUGUUUAUAUCGGACCUGGCGGACCUAUUUACUUUUAACAGACUUAAAACAACAGUCAACAGAAUUUGGACGUUUAUGGAAAGAUGUAAAAUCAACUCAUAUUAAUUAAUGUACAUAAUUUUUAGAUAAAUAUAGCAACUGACAGUUGUGAAACAUAAUUGAAGAUGAUUGAGAUUACUCAUAUUGAAUCUUUAAUCGAAAAACAUGACCCCCCCGUUAAGGCAAAUUCGAAAGGAGAUAAGCGCAAUAUCUUUGUAUUAUUGGUGUUAUAUACCUUACAAGGAGUACCAUUAGGUUUAUCCUUAGCAAUACCAAUUAUUAUACAAAACAUGCAUCGAUCAUCAUUUAAAGAACAAGCUAAAUUUAGUUUGGCAGUUUGGCCAUUCAGUUUGAAGCUUUUGUGGGCACCGUUAGUUGACUCUUUAUUUAUACGGAAAUUGGGCCGACGAAAAUCAUGGUUAAUUCCAGUUCAAUAUUUCUUAGGUAUAUUUUUCUUCAUUACGGGUUAUUAUAUAAACGAAUGGCUAAAUAAUGGUAGUAAACUAAAUAUUAAUGCUCUAACAUUAGUAUUUUUUAUUUUAAAUUUCCUUGCUGCCACUCAAGAUAUCAUUGUAGAUGGUUGGGCAUUAACCAUGUUAAAAAAACAAAAUAUUAGUUAUAGUUCAAUGUGUAAUAGUGCCGGACAAACCUUAGGAAUAUUUUUGGGUUAUAAUUUGUCAGUUAUAUUGAUAUCGGAAUCAUUUUGGAACAAAUGGUGGCGUACUUCGCCUCUACCAGAUGGUGUUAUUACUUUACAAGGACUUUUUUAUUUUUGGGGAAUUAUAUUUAUAUCCAUUACCACGUUGGUAGCCAUAUUUAAGUAUGAAAAAGAUUAUUUAACAGAACUUGAUGCAAUUGAUCUUAGUAUUACCAAAACGUAUAUGUUACUUUUUAGUAUAAUGAAAUUACCUUGUAUCAAAAUGUUCACAGUUAUAUUAUUUACUAUUAAAAUGAGUUUUUGUUCAGUCGAUGCUGCAUUCAAAUUGAAACUCAUAGAUUCAGGAAUUACUAAAGACGAAAUUGCUUCAAUAGAUUUGUUGAUUAUACCUUUAAAUAUAUACUUACCGUUUUUCAUUUCCAAAUUUACAUCGAAAGAAAAACUAUUAAAAAAUUAUUUCAAUACUAUACCAUACCGAUUACUAUUUGGUGUAAUUUUAGCAACCAUGGCUAAUUUAACACCUUAUUUUUUGAUUCAAACAGGAUCAUUACUAAUCACAUACAAAGUAUUAUUAGUGUUGAUGUAUAGUUUACAACAGUUAAGUGUAAAUAUUAUGACAUUGACGGCAAUGGCAUUUUAUGCAACUAUAAGUGAUCCAAAAAUCGGAGGUACUAAUAUGACUCUGUUGACAACUAUAUCUAAUUUAGGAAAUGCGUGGAGUAAAACUGGAGCUUUGUGGUUUAUUGAAUUAUUGACUUUUAAGCGCUGUUCUAAGGGUUCUAGAAAAUUUUGUUCGUCAUCAAAAAAUCAGAAGGAAAUGUGCAGUUUGUCUGAUGGAACCUGUGAAGUUUUUAUCGACGGUUUUUACAUAGAAACUAUUAUAUGUACAAUUUACGGAAUAAUAUGGAUUUUUAUUUUUAGAAAAAUCAUAAAUAAUCUUCAGUCCAAGCAUGUAAAAGAAUGGCAUGUGGAAAUGAAAAUAAAAGAAGUAUAUUGAUAUAAUGUAACAACUAAAAUAGUAAUAUAAUUUUUCAAUGAAGCAUUUAAAGCUUUU